AUGCCGUAUCUCGACCAUGCUGGGGCGGCUUUGCCUUCUUCAAUUCAACUUGAAGAAAUUUCGUAUUUAAUGAAGACGAAUAUCUUAGCAAAUCCACACUCUCAUCAUACAACUUCUUUGAAAACCAAACAAAUUGUAGAUUCGGCAAGAUUGAGAGUUCUGCGCCAUUUUAACACCACAAAUGACGAAUACUCUGUAAUAUUCACUGCGAACACUUCGCAUGCGCUGAAAAUAGUCGCAGAAAACUUCAACUUUGGUAAUAAAUCAAUUAAUGGAGGAGAGAUCACAAGAAUUGAAAGAGAAUUGAAAGCGAUGAACUCCCAAUUUGCAUAUCUGUACGAUUCUCAUCAUUCGGUUGUCGGAUUGCGGCAUAUUGUGCAAACAAAAGCAAAGUCGAUUAGCUGUAUUACAGAAGAUUCAUUGGCAUCGGAGAUACCUGAAGCAAAAAACAGCUUGUUCGUAUUGACAGCAUUGAGCAAUUUUUGUGGAAAAAAGUAUUGUUUGGAUUAUAUUCCCAAAUUGCAAGCGAAAGGAUGGUCCGUAUGUCUCGAUGCUGCCAGUUUUGUCUCUUCAUCAAUUAUCGAUUUAUCCACGUACAAACCAGACUUUCUCGCAUUCUCCUUUUAUAAAAUAUUUGGAUAUCCUACUGGUAUAGGAGCUUUAAUAGUUCGAAAAGAUGCUUUUAUAAGAUUAAAUCGCAAAGGAUUUGCUGGCGGAACUGUCUUAAGUGUUCUAGAAGACACAUUUUUUUAUAAUCCGAAGCAGUUUGAAUCCGGAUUUGAGGACGGAACACUAAAUUUUUACGCAAUUUCACAACUACAAAAAGGAUUUGCGGAUUUGAAGAGAUAUGGAGGACUUAGUCAGAUACAACGUGAAACGUAUAAGCUUGCAAAACUCGCAUUCGACAUGAUGAAAUCGAAAAAGCACGAAAAUGGGAAACCGGCGGUCGAAAUUUAUUCACAAAAUCCGGAAAUUUUCGAAAGUAUUGAGAAACAAGGGCCAAUAGUCGCAUUUAAUUUAAAAAGGCCGGAUGGUGGUUACUACGGCUAUAAUGAAGUUGAAAAAUUAUGCGCAAUUUUCGGCAUUGAUGUGCGAACAGGAUGUUUUUGCAAUGUUGGAGCCUGUAGGAAAUACUUAAAUCUCACUUCAAAUAUUUUGCAGUCAAACAUGCUGAGAGGGAAACAAUGUGGCGACGAAAUGGAUAUUAUUGACGGAAAACCUACAGGCGCCGUCCGCAUCUCGUUUGGAAGACAAUCAAAUAUUGCGGAUAUUCAUGCAUUGGAGCAGCUGAUUGAUACUUGCUUUAUCGCGAGCUCGUCAAAUCCAGCAACGAUUCCUUUUGAAAUUCAUAUGGAAGACUAUUCUCCAAUUAUUUCCCAAAUUUUUAGGUAUCCUAUAAAAAGCUGCUCUGUUCAAGGAGACCAAAGUUGUGAACUCACUCAUAAGGGUUUUAAAUAUGAUCGAGAAUUUAUGAUUGUGCAACACGAUAUGACGUUGAGUUUGAAAACUCAUCCAGAGCUUUGUCGAAUCAGUGCGAAGAUCAUCGAUGACACAUUACAACUAGCAGUAAAAGAUGAAAAUGAGAAUAUUGCCAUACCAUUAAGUGUGUCAUUAGAAACAAAUAUGGACUCUAUUGUUUGUAGAAACAAAGUACCAACUGUGGAUUGUGGCGAUAAAGUUGGAAAAUGGUUGGAUGAUGCGUUAGACAUGAUAGAUUGCCGACUAUUAAUGGUGUCUCAAGAUUCAUGUCGCAGUUUAGUCAAUGAUUCUCCAUUUCUUCUCAUAAAUGAGUCGAGCGUUCUUCUGCUAGCAAAUGCUAUAAAUCUUCCAAUGGAUGAAGUAAUUCGUCGAUUCCGCUCGAAUAUUGUUAUUCGAGGAUUGCCGCCAUUUCUUGAAGAUUCUAUCGAUUUCCUAACAAUUGAAGAAAAGGAAUUUCAAGUAACUAGUAAAUGUACACGAUGCGAGAUGAUCAGUGUGAACCCCGAUGAUGGCACAAAAGACGUUUCUCUCAUUCUUGCACUUCGAAAUUUUCGAGAUCGUCAAAAGAUGACAUUUGGAGUUUAUGUGAAACAAACCAACCAUAAGAAAGGGGACAAAUUGGAUGUGGGCGCCGCUGUAUUAUUCAAAAAACGCUCAUAA